CGUCACAGCCACUUCCUGUCCACACGUUACUUUCACUUUGUGAGCUCGUCGUGUCGCAGCUUCUUCUUCUGUCCAUGUGAAGUGUUUCCUCUACAGAUGAAGGUAGAAAGUCUCUGCGAGCUGAUGUGGAUGUGAAUUCAGCAGCAGCUGCCAAGGUAACAGGAUUGAGUCAGGUUGCUGUGUCUGUGUGAAGGUGUGGGCUCUGCUAUGAAUCAGUGUGAGGACAGAGAGGAGGGAGUCCCUCCCUCUAAAAGCACUCUGUGUGGGGAACAUGACACAAGGACCAAAGCUCAGAGGAUCCAUCAGAGACCAGACUGUCCUGAACCUGAACCCAGCUGUGUGUCCAUGAAGAGUGACCUCUCUAUGGAUGAUCGUAUGUACUUCCAAGAUGGCUGCCACUCUGUUGAUCAAAGGAGGAAAAAACCUGAACCCAGCUGUGUGUCCAUAAAGAGUGAUCUCUCUAUGGAAGAUCGUAUAUACUUCAAAGAUGGCUGCCACUCUGUUGAUCAAAGAGUGGACCAGGAGAGCUCAGAGGUUCCCAGUGGUCAGUCUGCCCAGCAGCAUCAAACACACCUGGACUCCAUAUUUAUGCUGCUGGAGGACAACAUUGUCACUUUUGUGAAGAACGAGCUGAAGAAGAUCCAGAAGGUUCUGAGUUCAGAUUACCCAGAAUGCUCAGAGAUUCAGAGGGAGGAUGAGGAGGUGUUGGACGGUGAGGAUGAGGAGCAGAGGAAGAGCAGCAGAGAGGCAUUUCUGAAGAUCACACUGCACUUCCUGAGGAGAAUGAAGCAGGAGGAGCUGGCUGACUGUCUGCAGAGCAGUAAGAGGAUUUCUCUAAAGAUUUAACUUGCUGGAUAAAUGAGACAUUUACUGAUGGACCAAAAGAUAUUCACAUACUCAUUCUUUAAAGCCAAAAUUAGUCACAUCUCACAAAUUAAAAUGCAUAACAAUGCCAUGAUAAUUUAUUGUAUUAAAAUUUCAAAAAUAAUCACAUUUUAUUUAAAUAUACAAAGAGAGACCACUCCUA